AUGCCUUAUGCACUACGAAGAUUAUUUGCCAUUAUUUUGGUUUAUUGUCAACCAUCAAAUGUAAGAAAAUUAUGGAACGAUCAUUUUGAAACGAUCGCAGAAGAUUUCAAGGGAGGAGUAGAUGAAUACAUGCUACCAGCUCGUGUUGCAUGGACAUUAAAUAGCAUUAAUCUCUUCCUUGAGAGUAUGGGUAAACAUAUUGCAGAUUAUGAUCUACCAUUACUGAUACAUGAUGAUGUUGACCAAUGUCAGAUUUUGCCGAGGAAAAUUAUUGAUGAAAGGGAGAUAUACAUUCCAUCAGAAGAUUUUCAUGCCCAAUCAAAGUUAAACACGAGGCAAAAACAAGCCUUUAAUAUAAUAUUAGAUAGAGUCAACGAAAAAAAAUCUGGAAUAUUUUUUGUGGAUGGUCCAGGAGGAACAGGUAAAACUUUUCUUUACCGUGCACUGCUUGCAAAUCUAAGAUCAAGAAAGUUGAUAGCAUUAACAACAGCAACAUCAGGAGUGGCUGCAAUAAUAAUGCCAGGAGGGCGAACUGUACAUUCACGAUUCAAAAUUCCAAUUACUGCUAAUGAAACUACAAUGUGCAAUAUAUCGAAACAGGAUGGAACAUCAAAAUUGAUUCGAUUGGCAUCACUUAUAAUAUGGGAUGAAGCACCUAUGGCAAAAAAAAUUGUAAUUGAGACGGUUGACAGAACAUUUAGGGAUGUUAUGGGUGACCAAAGACUUUUUGGUGGAAAAGUAGUCGUGUUUGGAGGUGAUUUCCGUCAAGUUCUGCCAGUUGUUCCAUGCGGCACUAGAGCAGAAACAGUCAAUGCAAGUCUUGUGAAAUCAUAUCUCUAG